AUGUCCCAGGGCGCGGCAUCGUCCUACCGUCACCUUGUGGCCUUUGCAUCGUGCUCCAUCGGCUUGCCGCGGCAUACACUGCACCAAAAGAUAGAAGCAGUCCGCGAGGCUGGCUUCGACGGCAUCGAGCUAUCGUUCCCGGAUCUGCAGGCUUAUGCCACCCGCCAUUUCGGCCGGGAAAUCGCCGAGGAUGACUACGGCUCGCUGUGUGAGGCAGCCAAAGCCGUGGGCACCAUGUGCGAGGGACACGGUCUGAGGGUGCUCGCCCUCCAGCCGUUCUCGAAGUUUGAAGGCUGGCCACCAGGAAGCCAACAACGCCAAGAUGCUUUCGCGCGCGCAAAGGCAUGGAUCGACAUCAUGGAGGCCGCCGGCACCGACUUGCUGCAGGUUGGCUCGUCAGACUCGCCAGACAUGUCGCGAGACGUCGACCAGUUGGCCGCAGACCUUGCGUCCCUGGCCGACAUGCUGGCGUCUCGGGGAUUCCGGCUCGCUUACGAGAACUGGUGCUGGGCAACAUGUGCACCAACGUGGAAGGACGUGUGGACCAUCGUCCAGAAGGCCGACCGGCCAAACAUUGGUCUCUGCCUUGACACAUUCCAGACAGCUGGAGGCGAGUGGGGAGACCCGACCACGAAGUCAGGGAGGAUCGAGGCCCCGGGGUUGACGUCGGCGGAUUUGUCCAGGGCAUACGCCGCCAGUCUCGGCGAGCUGGCUGAGAGCGUACCCGCCGACAAGAUCUACUUCCUCCAGAUCAGUGAUGCAUACCUUCUGGACCCGCCAUUGAACACCGCGGCUGACCCGGAAUCCGGCCUCAGGCCGAGGGCCCAAUGGAGUCACGAGCACCGACCGCUCCCGUACGAUGGCGGGUAUUUACCCAUCAGGGAGUUUGUGCAAGCUGUUCUUGCCACCGGUUUCCGAGGCUGGCUGAGCAUCGAGGUGUUCGAUGGCAAGUUCGAGGAGAAAUACGGCGAUAACCUAAGGGGGUUCGCGAAAAGAGCGAUGGAAGCUUGCCAAAGAUUGAUAGCGGAAUUAAGGGCGGAAUGA